GAAACAUUCACCGAGUAAGAAAGAGAAGUAGCGACGCCGAAGUGGUAGUAGGUAGGUGUUCAAAAUUGUUCGUGCCACAAAUAAAAAGGACCCAUUCUCGGUGUUGGCGGCAAUGAGACGAUGAUGAUUCAUCAUCAUAACUAAUAACUGAAACUGAAGUUGAAGAAAAGAAGAGCAACAAAAUGGGAGUCCAAGGUCUGUGGGACUUGCUGGCUCCCGUCGGCCGUCGAGUAUCCGUAGAAACUCUAGCCGGCAAGAAAUUAGCCAUCGAUGCUAGUAUAUGGCUGGUCCAGUUCAUGAAGGCGAUGAGAGACGACAAGGGAGAGAUGGUACGGAACGCUCAUUUGCUUGGCUUCUUUCGUCGAAUUUGUAAGCUUUUGUAUCUCCGCACUAAGCCUGUCUUCGUCUUCGACGGUGCCACCCCUGCUCUCAAGCGCCGCACCGUCAUCGCUCGUCGGAGGCUGCGAGAGAACGCCCAGGCUAAGAUCCGCAAAACCGCUGAGAAAUUGCUUCUUAAUCAACUGAAGUCAAUGAGGCUGAAAGAACUGGCAAAGGAUCUUGAGAAGCAGAAUGCUGCUAAUAAGAAGGGCACGCAGACGAAGAUUUUGGAAGAGAAUAAACGUGUGCUGUCUGAGUCCGAAAAGCUUGAUGAAAUGCUGGCAGCGUCCAUUGCUGCUGAGGAAGGUGGGAGUUUAGAUAACAAUGCAUCCACAUCUGCUGCUGCUGCUGUGGAGGACAUGGAUAGCGAUGGAGAUGGAGAUGAAGAGAUGAUUUUGCCACCAAUGAAUGAGGUUGAAGACCCAGCUGUCUUAGCUGCUUUGCCCCCAUUAAUGCAACUUGAUCUUCUGAUGAGAGAAAGAUCAUUUGCAGAAAAGGGAAAAAGUAAUCAAGACAAGCAGUUGGAGAACCAGAAUGACAAGCACAAAAAUAAUGCAAAGGGCAAGCAAAUUUUGUCGGAUCAUACUGAAUUUGAAGGGAGCAAUAUGGGAAGAGAUCAUGUGGCAGCAGAGAGUUACAAUCAGGAGAAGUUAGAUGAUAUGUUGGCAGCAUCUAUGGUGGCUGAGGAGGAAGGCAGUGAUGAAGAUGAAGAGAUGAUACUGCCACAUGGGAAGGUUGAUCCUGCUGUUUUAGCAGCUCUGCCACCAUCAAUGCAACUUGAUCUUCUGGUCCAGAUGAGAGAGAAAUUGAUUGCUGAAAACAGACAAAGGUAUCAAAAAGUCAAGAAGGUGCCCGAAAAAUUCUCUGAGCUUCAAAUUCAGGCUUAUCUUAAAACUGUUGCUUUCCGCCGUGAGAUAGAUCAAGUGCAGAAAGCUGCUGCUGGGAAUGAUGUUGGUGGUGUUCAGGCUUCAAGGAUAGCUUCUGAUGCAAACCGAGAAUUUAUUUUCUCAUCAUCCUUUUCUGGGGAUAAAGAGUUGCUUACAACUGAUGGAGUGAAGAGAAGAAAAGGACACGAGCAACAAAAGGAACCAUUAAAGCAACCAUCUUCAGAUUUUGUGGCUGGUGUUGCAUCUAUCUGUAAGUCCAAUACUGUGACAGGAUUUUCCCAGGAUGAAUCUAGCAGUGCUUUUGAUGAUGAUGUUGAGACAUAUCUUGAUGAAAGAGGUCGUAUGCGAGUCAGUAGAGUCAGAGCCAUGGGGAUGCGCAUGACCCGUGAUUUGCAAAGGAACUUGGAUUUAAUGAAAGAAAUUGAAAAGGAUAAAACGCUUUCUAUCAAGACUCCAAGUGCUCGGUCUGUGCAUAACAGAAAUAAGAUUGGUACCCCCAGAAGUUUUCCCAAUGAAAAUCAUAAUGGAGAAAGUUCACAUGGUAUCGAUGGCAACUCCACUAACUUGAACAAGAUGAACGAGCAGUCCUUGUUGAGUAAUGAGACUUCUGUGCAGAUAUCUUUUGAAGUUGGUGACGAGAGCAAGCAUUUUAGCAGUGAUGACGAAGUGUUUGCUUCUUUAGUAGCUGAAAAGCCUGUAAAAAUCUCUUCUGCUGGCAAUAGUACAUCAAGAAGAUAUUCUGAUGAUUCUGCUUCUGAUAGUGACUGGGAGGAAGGAAUUGUUAAAGGAAAAGCUAAUAGUUCUCCUAAUGAUGUUGAAUUAAGAACUAAGCUGUCUCCUAAGGUUAGCAAUGUUAGCGAUGAUAGUGAAGUGGAAUGGAUGGAAGGAGAUUCUGAUAUUCAUGAUAACUCCUCCUAUCUAGCUGAAUCAAAAAGAAAACUAGUUUCCAAAGGUACUUUGGAAGAAGAAGCUGCUUUGCAGGAUGCUAUUAGGAGAAGUCUUAAUGAUUUAGUGGUUGGAAAAUUCAUCCAGUCGCAAUCUAACCCGGAAAAUAUUAAAAUCUCUGGAGAAAAUGUUAGCAAUGACAGUGAAGUGGAGUGGGUAGAAGUAGAUCCUGAUGUUCAUGAUAAGUCCUCAUAUCCAGCUAAAUCAAGAAAUCAAGUUUCUGGAGGUUCUAUAGAAGAUGAGGCUGGUUUGCAGGAUGCCAUAAUGAAAAGUCUUAAUGAUCUUGGGAGUGAAAAAUCCAUCCACUCAGAAUCUGACCCUAAAAAUGUUAAAAGCUCUAGAGGACAUGCUUAUGAAGGUGUGGGCUUUCUCGAUCAAGAAGAUAAUGGUUCAGCUAUGCUCAGGAAGGAUGCUACCCAACAAAGCAAAUCAAUCUCUGAAAUUUUGGGUUUUGAAAACCUAGGUGAUGCAGGUGAAGUUAAUAUCUCACAAGCCUUUCCAUCUGUGGGUAGCCAAUUAAAGUCAUCUAAAGCUCAUAAUCCUGAUGAUGUGGUGAUGCUAAUAAAUGAAUCACGUGAAAGUUAUGUGCAUUCUAAUCCUGCCUGGAUAAGCCAAGAUGUGGAUAAAAGGGAGAAUGGGUGCCAAGGCAUGCCAUCUAUUGAAUCAAUUGGCCGUUUGGAAGCAAAGGAGAACCACUUGAAUUUGGAACCUGCUUCUGAUAUAGAGAAUGGUGGGUUAUCUGCCUCCCAUGAGAAGUAUUCAAGAGACGGCUCUCAUACCGCUAUAGCAGCAUCUACUUAUCUACCUCUUACUGAGCUAAUUGAUGAUAGAAAUGAUAAGAAAGCAGAGCCAUCCACGUUCAUUGGUGGAGAGAAAAUUAGUUCUGAGGCUGAGCCACCAUGCCUUUCAGUUGAGAACUCUUUCCCAGAAGAUUCAUUGAAUGGCAGUGAUUUUGCAGAGAAACUUGAUGGAGAAAAAAAAGCAGAAGACCAUGUUAGUGAAAGGGAAUGCUAUAUCAGCAAAUCUGCAUCCAUGGAUAAUGAGAAUGAACAGGUCAAUUUUACAGAGGCUAGUUUGGAGAAGGAAAUGCUAAUACUAGAUCAAGAAUAUAGUAAUCUAGGAGAUGAACAGAGAAAGCUUGAGCGUAAUGCGGAAUCAGUCACCAGUGAGAUGUUUGCAGAAUGUCAGGAGCUGCUGCAGAUGUUUGGCUUACCAUAUAUUAUAGCACCAAUGGAAGCAGAAGCUCAAUGUGCAUAUAUGGAACUUGCAAAUUAUGUCGACGGUGCUGUGACUGAUGAUUCUGAUGUCUUCUUGUUUGGAGCUCGAAAUGUGUAUAAGAAUAUAUUUGAUGAUCGUAAAUAUGUGGAGACAUACUUCAUGAAGGAUAUCGAGAAAGAGCUUGGUCUAUCAAGAGAGAAAUUAAUUCGCAUGGCUCUGCUUCUUGGAAGUGAUUAUACCGAGGGAGUUAGUGGCAUUGGCAUUGUCAAUGCUAUUGAGGUUGUGACUGCAUUCCCUGAGGAGGAUGGCCUUCAAAAAUUCAGGGAUUGGAUUGAAUCACCGGAUCCAGCUAUCCUAGGAAAGUUUGAUGUUCAAACUGGUCUGGGUGCGAGGAAAAAAGAGUCAAAGGUUGGUGGUAGUGAAGCAAAAUGCACAGGUAAUGGCAUGGAAGGGACGAAUCCAUCUGGCCUAAACAUUCCUCAAGCUCAUGAAGAAAAGCAAUCUGCAGAUCAUUCUCAAGUGAUAAAGCAGGUUUUCAUGGAUAAGCAUAGAAAUGUUAGCAAGAACUGGCACAUUCCUUCUUCUUUUCCGAGUGAAGCAGUCAUUUCUGCGUAUUCUUGUCCGCAAGUGGACAAAUCAACAGAGCCUUUCACAUGGGGAAAACCAGAUCUUCAUGCUCUUCACAGAUUAUGCUGGGAAAAGUUUGGGUGGCACAUUCAGAAGUCAGAUGAGUUGCUACUUCCUGUUCUGAAGGAGUAUAAUAAACAUGAGACUCAACUACGACUGGAAGCAUUUUACAGUUUCAAUGAAAGAUUUGCAAAAAUUCGUAGCAAGAGAAUCAAGAAGGCUGUUAAAGGGAUCACUGGAAACCAAUACUCUGACAUGAUGGAUUAUCCUGUGGAAGAGGUUUCUAAAAGUAGAACUGGAAAUAUAUCUGGGAAAUCUGGUGACAAUGAACCUCAGACACAUUCAAAAAGAACUGCAAGAACUGCUCCUGGCAAUAAGAGUAGUUUUCUGGAAAAAUCAAAACCAAAGUGGUCCAGGAAAAGGACUGCUGAGCAGCCUGUUUUUCCUGAAGUUGAGAAUACAGAGGCAACUGUUAGGCAAUGUAGCGAUAGAGGAUUCCUAAGAAACGGAAAAGGUAGAGGGAGAGGUCGGGGAAGGGGAAGGGGAAGGGGAAAGGCAAAUCUUUGUUUUGAACAAUCAGAUUCAAGCUCUUGUGAUGUUGAUAGUGGUCAUGAUGAGCAUGAAGUGCAUGUUGAUGAGUCAAGGGGCCCACAUGAAUUACGGAAGUCAACACGGUUGCGGAAGCCUGUAAAUUACACAGUCGAUGACUUAGAAAUUGAUGAUGUGGAGAAGUCCUUGGACCAGGGUGAUAAAGAGGGGUUUGACAAAGAGGCACUGCAUCAAGGUUUCUCUUCUGCUAAAGAAGCACGUGGAGAUGGUGGCAUUGGCAUCAAAGACAAUGAACAACUUGAAGUGGGAGAUUCUUCACUUCAGAGCUUCUCCAGGGAUUAUCUUGAAGGGGGAGAUGGAUUUUGCUUUGAUGGAGAGGAAGUUGGUGUCCCUGGCGUGGACCAAAAUAGCUAUUUUUCGAAGGUUGAACUUUCUGAUGAUCACCUUGAAAGGGGAGGUGGUUUUUGCCUGGACGAAAGUGACGCAGGCAUGGACCAAGGCACUAACCAAAACCCACCUAGAACGGGUGAUCUUUUGGAAGAAGUUGAGCAUGGCACUGAGCUCUUGAAUGAAGUCAGAGAUGGAGGGAGGACGAGUGCUUGUGAAACUGAGUUGAAUGCGGACAGCGUGGUUGCAGCAGCACAUGCUGGUGGUCGUUUAAGGAGCAGCGUCUCUGGCCCAGAAAUAACUAAGAAUGAGACGGGGGCAACUGGUGGUGCAGGAAGUCUAAGUGCAAUGCCGUACCUCCUUAAAAGAAAACGGAGGAAAAUGUGAUUUUCUAGAUCAGUCUUUCCGCCACUGCUGCGAUGUUUAUUUUUAGGGUUCCCACCGCCAUAGAGAGUAAUCAAUAAUAUAGUUAUCUGUUGCAUGCCUGAAACAUGCAAGAUGUGUCUCUUCUCACCAUUUGUUUUGUGCUGUCUGAAAAUGAAUUAUUUCUUUUUGUAUCACUUUUGCAAAUUUAAAGUUUCAGAAAGAUUUGAUGA